AUGAACGGAACGUCCGGAACUGAUAAUAGAAUACUCCUUAUUAUUGGAAAGUCGAAAAGCCCUCGAUGUUUUAAAGGAGUUUCUUCACUUCCAGUAUUUAAUGAAUAUAGUACCAAAGCUUGGAUGGCUUCAGCAAUUUAUGAAAAAACUCUUAAUUAUUGGGAUGAUGAAUUACGCCGUAAAAAAAAUCUACUAUUGGUGGACAACUGUCCUGCACACCAGGUCCAGCAUUUGAAAUGUAUUAAACUCGUAUUUUUGCUCGCAUACAGUACUAUACUGUACUUCAAGAUUCAACCAAUGGACCAGGGCGUUAUAAGGACCAUUAAAGCUCAUUACUGGAAUCAGUUGGUACUGAAAAUGAUUGAGGAUAUUGAGAAUUAA